GACUGCUCACAGCCCCAACACAGCUGGACCAUGAUUGGUCAUCAAGUAGAAACAAUGCACAGGAGACCAGUCCAAGAUGCCCCUGUUGCUAAACCAUCUCCAGCCCACACUCCACAGCCAGCAGGUCGUUAUAUCCCCCUAACAAACCCAAUUAACCCCCUAAUAAAGCCUCUCCCACCCCUCUGGCUCUGGUGUCUCCCCUGCUGUGGGACUGAGGCCUUGCAAGGCUUUCAAGGUAAAAUCCAUGGAAAUUCCACCCAAACUUUGCACUGAAGGGAAGCUGCACGUUCAGAGCCACAGCCAGGACUCCUGACCUGGGAUGGAGCCUGACCAGCAGAGACAGGAACAGCACCCCAGAGCCUUUGCCUUAGAACCAAGCUUCUGAGGGAAAAUAUAGGGAAAAAGAAUGUGAUUUUCAAGUAUUGCCUCAGAGCUGAUUUAUUCCUGACAUAAAACUAAACUCCACCAUGAUAUGGACUUUUUCCAUGCAUAUUCUAGAUGGCAGUGUAAAUCAACUGAGAAUGUAGUCAGUAAAGUUGUUAUUGCCAGCUCUAAAAAUCCCACACCAUAGAAAAGAUUCAAAGAAUUACUAAUAUUUCCUCUAUUCAUAUGUGCUGUGCUUGAGCAGACACUCACAGGGAGGUUUUGAAAUUCAAAACAGAGGCAUUGUUUGGGGUAAAACAGCCCCAAAUUCGGGGCAUGGCAAUUCACCUCUGCCCAUUGAUUGUUCUCCAGGGUUUGUGCCAUUCAGGGAUGGUGAGGAGCAUCCCCUGCCCGUGCUGGAGCUGCUGCUGGGACAGCCAGGGCAGUGCCACAGGAGUGCCAGCCUGUGCCAAGGCAAUGGGAGCAGUUUCCAGCCCUGAGGAGUUGUUUGGCUCCAUCUCCUCCUCCUCCUCCUCCUCCUCCCGGCUCUAAUCCUCGCAGACGGUGCCGAGCGCGAGCAGCCAACAGGAGCAGCUCUGUCUGUGCUGACCUGGCGUUCCUGCUUCCACUCUGGAGGAGAUGGGGCGCAAGGAGGAGGAAGGCAGCGGCUCCUGGAAGAAGCAGACGAGCAACAUCCGCAAAACCUUCAUCUUCAUGGAGGCCCUGGGCUCAGGUGCCUUCUCAGAAGUUUUCCUGGUGAAGCAGAAGAGCACUGGCAAGCUCUUUGCUCUGAAAUGCAUCAAGAAGUCUCCUCUCAACAGGGACAGCAGCCUGGAGAAUGAAAUAGCAGUGCUGAAAAAGAUAAAGCACGAAAACAUUGUGACUUUGGAGGAUAUUUAUGAGAGCACAACCCACUUCUACCUGGUCAUGCAGCUGGUGUCGGGGGGAGAGCUGUUUGACAGGAUCCUGGAGAGGGGAGUGUACACGGAGAAGGACGCCAGCCUGGUGAUCCACCAGGUGCUGACAGCGGUCAAAUACCUGCAUGAGAACGGCAUCGUGCACCGCGACCUCAAGCCUGAGAACCUGCUGUACCUCACCCCUGAGGAGAACUCCAAAAUCAUGAUCACGGAUUUCGGCCUGUCGAAAAUGGAGCAGAACGGGAUCAUGUCCACGGCCUGUGGGACCCCAGGAUACGUGGCCCCCGAGGUGCUGGCCCAGAAGCCCUACAGCAAAGCCGUGGACUGCUGGUCCAUUGGGGUCAUCACCUACAUCCUGCUCUGUGGGUACCCUCCUUUCUACGAGGAAACCGAGUCCAAACUCUUUGAGAAGAUCAAGGAAGGCUACUACGAGUUUGAGUCUCCGUUUUGGGAUGAUAUCUCCGAGUCAGCCAAGGACUUCAUCCGGCACCUCCUGGAGAAGAACCCGAGCGCGAGGUUCACCUGCGAGGAGGCCCUGAGGCACCCGUGGAUUAAUGGAAAUACAGCCCUUCACCGUGACAUCUACCCAUCUGUCAGCGCUCAGAUCCAGAAAAACUUUGCAAAGAGCAAGUGGAGGCAAGCCUUCAACGCCGCGGCCGUCGUGCACCACAUGAGGAAGCUGCACAUGAGCGGCCACGGGGCAGCCGAGGGCUCUGUCCCUGCCCCAGAGACCUCCGAGCCCCCCAGGCCCAGCAGCCCCACGGGGACCCCCCCACCAGCAGCGCCCAGCGACGACAAGGACACAGCUCAGGGCCCCUCUCAGGGGCACCCAAACCCACCCAGGCCCCCUCAGCUCCAGCAGGACACGGAAAUGGGGGAGGAAAAGCUGCCAAACCCCCCAGAGGAGGGACCCCUGCUUGGGGACAGCAGCCUGGUCCUGCCAGACACCCCCAGCCCCCCAGAGGAGGGAGCCCUGCCCAGGGACACCCCCAGCCCCCCAGAGGAGGGAGCCCUGCCCAGGGACAGCAGCCUGGCCCUGCCAGACAGCCACAGCCCCCCGGGCAGGAGCUCCUGUGGCUGCAGCCCCUCCUGUGUGGGCCACGAGAGGACCAAGGCAUCCUCCUGCUCCGAGACAGUGCUGCUCAAAAAGUCUUCAAAAUCCCACCAUUUCAAGUCAGAGGUUCUUGUUCCAGUGAAAACCAGUAAACACUCAUCUCACUGUGGCACUGGGCAAACUGGAGUUUGUUUGAUCAUGUGAUGGAGGCAGCCACGUGGGCAGAGGACCAGAAGGGCUCUUUGACUCUUUUCUGCACCUCAGAGCCGGCAGUGUGAGCAGAAAGGAGGCUGUGCCCUGCCAGCAGCUCUGGAGAGCAGUGACCAGCUGGGUCAGGGGCACAGCAGCGCCAGGAUCCGUCCCUGCAGGCAGCUCGGGCUGUUUCUGGAUCGUUCCAGCCGGGAGGAGGCGAGGGAAGGUCUGAGGCUCCUGCUCCCACACCCAGUGUCCAUUCUCUUAGGGCAUCAUCAGCUUGUGUUUCCUGCACCCUGUUUAGCUGUCAAUGCACCAAGGCCCUGCACAGCAUCAGCCCCACAAACCAAAGCCAUGCAGAGCUUCCCUCCCGGGGCAGCUCCCUUGUUUCUACAGCCCUCACCCUGUCCUCUCCUCGGGCUUGGUUAGUCCAGGCCUUGGCACUCUGGAGUUCAGCUGCCCAGCCCUCAGUGCAGCUGCAACAGGAGAGAGAACCUGCUAGAAACCUCCCUGUGUGUGACAAUGCCACAGCACGGUCUGAGCUCCCCUUCCAAGGCUGUCAUUGCACAAUGAACACUUGCUUAAUAAAGCUGAGAUUUGUUUUGUAAA